AUGAAAAUAACAGUGCGAUUAUUUCUUUUUUACGGUUUUGCCCUUGUUCUUACGAGCUGCGAAGAUCAGGUACAAAGUGACAACUAUGACAGAAAGAUUAAUACUUAUCAAAUUGAGGUGCCAGGAAAAGAGCCAAUAACUAUAAUAGAAAAUACUCCUGAUGAUGUGAAACCUGAUGAUGUUAAAUGGGAUGAACUGAGGUUUGAACAGAAUAAAAAUGAAGGAGACAUCGAAAUGAAAAACCUUAUGACCCAUAUUGUGCAUGACUUGGAUGGACAUCGACCAAGGUGCUAUGGGCCCUCCUGCCAAGAAGGUUACAACCAAGAAAUUGACGAAGCUUUCGACGAUUACGUAUUAACUGCUGAUAAACUGAAGGAUUAUGGUGAUUUCCCACAGGAUCGCCUACAAGCCAUCUCUGCACUUGCUGCUAAGUUGAAAAAGGAUAAACUUCAACCCGAUCGAUUCUCUUUGUUAAGUAGUGACAUGGACGACGCAGAAAAUAAUGGAAAAGUUUAUACAACAUGGAACCGUCUGAAAGUAAAGCAACAUAAACAUCCCUACGAUGACAAAGAUGGAUGGGUAACUUUAGAACCAGUUGCAUGGUCAACAAGUAAGAUUUCAAAAUGGAAGCCCAACAUUAAGAAACAAAAACCACAUUGGAACGAUGAUGAUAAUAGGUUCCCAAGUAAUGAAGGAUACCCGAGUGAUGAUAGAUUCCCGCCUGAUGACAGAUUUUCUUCUGGUCAACAGUCCGAAAAUAGUUACAGUUAUCCGCAAAAACGUCCAACAUUUGUACGUCCUGGAUAUAACACAAACAAAAUACAUGGCCCUGCGGACUUCGAAUCAGAAAUACCUUCGAAACCCACCUGGAAUAAACCGCAGCAUUCAUCUUAUCCGUCGUCGUGGGCUCCCGAUGAAGGAAGACGUCCACAUAAGCCUAAUUGCGAUACUCACAACAACUAUCCCGAUGAUGAUGAUACGGUAUUUUACGGCAUGCCUGAUUCCGUGUUAACGGAUAGUCGGCCUGCUGAUUUCCCUCACGAGUAUGAAGCUCUGCAAAAACCAACAAGUAUGUCCCUUCAGAGGCCUUUAAGAAAACCCACGCAAGUAGUUUAUGCUGGAUCUCCAGAUUAUGAUAAUGAUAGACUUUCUAGGCCAUCCCAUGGCAAUGGUCAGUGGGUGUUACUCUCAACAACUAAAGGCUACAGAAAUAAAAAGCGACAACGUUCUCUUAACCCCCUGCCGCAAGCUGAUGAUCCUAUGGAUUUGACUACUAUGACUUCGCAUCAAGCCGUAGCCUUGACAGUGCUGCCCGUUGAUAAAGCGCAUACUAAUAUGACCACUUCACAUGGAGGCUUAUUAGAAGUUGAAAAGAGCUUUCAAACGGUGGAGGAAUCUAAACGUGAUAUGGAUAAGAAGAAUGAUUUAGAUGUUGCUGCCACAAACUACAGGCCUGUAGUAACGAAAAAUAAAGUUUUAAAGAGAAGGGUUGUUUCUAAUGUUUCACCAGAUUCAUCAACCUUGUUAGCAGCUGUGGGCGCAGGUAUGGUGCCUGCCACUAUGGCUAUGGUUGUUCCUAUGAUGCUUGGAAAAAGACGUAGAAGAGAAAUAAGUAGAACACAAGAACAUUCAGAAAUAGAUAAUUUAUUAUAUAAAUAUAGACGAUAA